AUGCAUCCCAUUGCCUCCAGCCCUGCUCCUGCCCUCAGCACGGUGAUCACACGAUCAGCCCACGACACAGAUCUGUGGUUACACUUUGCAACUGUGGAUGGUGCUUUAAUUGUGAAGGGACACGCGGCGGAAACAACUCUUCGUGCUCAGCGGAUACUUGAUGCGCGCGGAGUCGCCACGUCGGCAGCGUGGACCCCCAUGAGCGUCUGUGCGCGUGUGUGUGUGCACAAGCCUCCAAGAGCGCGGAGUUCUGCAGAGAAGAACCAGAGCGGAGCCAUGGUGAAGGAUGUCAACAGUUUUGUGUCGGAGCCUCAGCCGUCCACCGUGUGCGGAGAGGAGGGGGAGGAAAGAAGAGAGAGGGGGGAGAGCCUUGAUGCUCCUAAGGACCACCAGGCCCCUCCCCCUGGGAUGCUGUGGCGUGUGAGUGGAGGACUCUUCAGUGCCACCAAGAGCGUGAUCGGAGCAGCUGCAGGGGGCGUGGCCUGGGUCGGGGGGCGGAGCCUGGAGAUCACCAAAGCCACAGUCUCCACUGUGCCAGCCAUGGGGGCAGGGCUCGUCAAAGGGGGCGUGUCAGCUGUGGCGGGGGACUUGGCCGGGAAUGUAUCGAGUGAAAGACCAGUUCUGGGUCUGGAUCAAAAAAUGCUGAGCGAGUCCCAGUUCCAGGAGCUUCUCUCGUUCCUCAGACCUGAGUCCAGAACUGAUGUCAAAGCUGGAGCCACAGAGUGUCUGCUGGGACUUACAGCCAACAGGGAGGGCUGUCUCCUCGUCGGCUCCAGACCGGACCUACUUCACGCACUGCUGCUUCUGACUUCUGACCCCUCCAUCGCCAUCGUUAAAGAUGUCUACUUCAUCUUAAUCAACCUGUCGGCAGAAGAAGGACUACACCAGGCUCUCCUCUCGGACUCGGAUCUUCUCUCUCUCUGUAAAAACCUUGUUGAUCCUUCGUUCCCGUUUUCGGACCAGAUCUGCACCAUUCUGUCCAACCUGAGCCGCAGUGACCGCAGCUGCCCCCAGGUCUACAAGGUACUGCAGCAGACACUGGGACUGUCCAAACUGGUAGAGAUCUUCUGCUGUGAGGGCUUUAACCCCAACGCGUCCCUGCAUUACGUGGGGCCGCUGCUGUCCAACCUGAGCCAGCUACAGGAAGCCCGCAAGGAGAUCCUGGACCCUGACCGGUGCGUGCUGCAGAGGCUCCUCCCCUUUACGCAGUAUGCCGCCUCCACAAUAAGAAGGGGCGGAGUCAUCGGUACGCUGAGAAACUGCUGCUUUGACCACAAUCAUCACGAGUGGCUGCUGAGUGAAGAGGUCGACCUGCUGCCCUUUCUGCUGCUGCCACUGGCCGGACCUGAGGAGCUAAGUGAGGAGGAGAACGAAGGUCUCCCGUUGGACCUGCAGUACCUGCCUGAGGACAAGCAGAGGGAGCCGGACCCGGACCUGAGGACGAUGCUGGUAGAAACACUGCUGCUGCUGUGUACGACUAGCAGAGGGCGGCGUGAGCUGAAGACCAAACAGGUGUACGCGCUCAUGAGGGAGUUCCACCAAUGGGAGACAAACGCCCGGGUCAAGAGCAGCGCGGAGAAACUCAUCCAGGUCCUGAUUGGAGACGAGCCACAGAGUGGGAUGGAAAACCUUAUGGAAGUUUCAAUCCCAGAAGAUGUGGAAGAAAAACUGAAGAAAGCGGACGAAGAAGAGGAGCAGGAGCUGGCCCUGGAUCAGAACUGA